ACUUCCUGUAGUGCUCUUUUGGAAAACCAUUUCUUAUCUUUGGAGGCACAAUGGCAAAAUAUUCAAGAGGGAGAGCUGAGAUAACAAGCCCUGAGAGAACCAAAAUAUGGGUUGAACCAAAGCUGAAGAGUGAGCAAAAAGUUCCUGUUGUGUACUAUCUUUCAAGAAAGGGCCAGCUUGAGCAUCCUCAUUUCAUGGAGGUCCCUCUUUCUUCUCCUGAAGGACUCUAUCUUAGAGAUGUGACAAAGAGACUGAACUUUCUCAGAGGUCAAGGAAUGGCAAACAUGUAUGUCUGGUCUUCUAAAAGGAGCUACAAGAAUGGGUAUGUGUGGCAAGACUUGUCUGAGAAUGAUUUUAUAUAUCCUUGUCAUGGAAACGAAUACAUUCUCAAAGGAUCACAGCUCCUGGACAAGUCUAUAAGCUUUCGAUCCUAUGAAACGGAGUUAUCAGCUGUCAACACAAAUUCCUCAGAAACAAGCAGUAAUUCCAGUGAGGACUCCAAUUCUCCUGCCAUAGUUAGAAGAAAAAGCCAUUCACGGAGUUCGCUGAACGAACUUAAUGAACACAAAAUCUACAAGGCUAUGAUAGGCAUGAAUGCAUCAACACAUACAGAUGUUCUUAAAAGAGGAAGAAUAUUAAACAGUGCAGAAGUUGGAGAUAAUAAAGAUUGCGUUGCAGAGCUGCCUAGAGAAGAGAUUUCUCCACCACAUUCACGUUUUAGUUCACAAACCAUCGAGAGUUUGAUGGACUGUAUUGAGGCUGAUGCAUCGGCAGACAUUAGAGAUCAGUCCGCAGAGAACGAUUGCCCCAGCAGCAGGAUGAAGGCAACUCCAAUUUUGAUGCAGUUGAUUGGAUGCGGAUCAAGGAGGGUCAAAGAUUGUUAGUAAAUGAAAGUAAUUGAUAGUAUGUGAUUAAUGACUUAAUAAGGUGAAUCGAGAAAGAUUGUUGUUCAAUAUUCGAAACCCCGUAGCAUAUCAAUCAACAUAGAAAUUGUACAAGCAAGA